UGACAGCUGACUUCUGCCAAAAAAUUGUUCACUUCGAUUCAGGUUUGUCUUCAGAUUUUAAAAUAAAUUAUAUAACUAAAUAUUAACAUGAUACAUAAAUGGUUACAUAAAAUAAUUCGCCGAAGAACAAAGCCAAUACCGGAGGAUGUAGCCGUCCUUUGGAAACGACGUCUUAGUUUAGCUUAUGGGUUUUUUGCAUGGAAUGCAUUCGGAAUACUUUUAUACAGCAUAUACCAAGGAAAAGCAGAUUGGGCGCAUUACCAUGGUCUAAAAUCUGACGAAGAAAUGGCUUUGCCCCCUGCACGUGCCUGGGCCAAUACAUUGGGAAUUAAGAAUGCUAAAGUUUACAAAAUAUCAGGUCUAACAAAAGUAGACGAAUAUGAUAUUGUUGAUGGUGAGGAAGUUAGACAUGAUAAUAAAAAAAAUGAUGAAAACGAGUUAUAUCAAUAAUUUAUUUCAAGAAAUCUGUAUUGAUUUAUAUAUUAGUGUAAAUAAGCAUAACUUUUAUUAAACAACUAUUUCAUUUCA